AGUUCAGUUCGUUGCGAACGUGAGAACCGUAAGCUCCUGAGCUCAGCACGCGACAAAAUACUUAUAUAUUAGGUAUACAUACCAUUAACAUAUUUUCACGGUUUUUAUUAUUUUUUGUACAUAUUUUAUUUUUGCAUUAAUAAUAAACUUGCUUAACCUACCAACAACUACCUACUAAAAGAGAGAGGUUACAUUUUGUUAAUUAUUCCACCAUCUAUCGAUAUCUGUACCUACCUACAUAAUUAUCGAUGAAUAAUUAUAUUGUUGAACAUUUCUGAGAAAAAUUAAAGGACAAAGUGCUUAUGGAACUUACAAUAAAAUAUACGAACAUCUAAUCAAAUUAAAUCAUAUUCUCACAUUGUUGAAUUUCUCUCAAAUAAUAUAUCUAUACCUGCCAAAAUCCUAUAAAAGAAAUCAUACACUUGAUUAGAUAAAUAAUUAUUAUUCACAGCUGAUUUGUACAUGCAGAUAGAUAUGAAGUGAUGAAAGUGAAGUGAAUAUAGGAAAAUUGUUACAAUACAAAAAGAAGAAAGAAAAAAAGAAAUAUAACCACCACGGUGCAAACAAAGGAGUACGUGCACAACUACUUUCGUUCGUUACCUACCCCCCACUCAAAAGCUAAACAGGGUAAAAGUGAGUAACUGUGUCGUCUGAGACUAAUUAUUUCUUCUUUAAUCAAAGAACAAAAUAAAACUAUACCUACAUACAUAAAAUAAAAAUUAAAUUGUGGUCAUCCCAAUGGAAUAGAAAAAUUAACAAUUCUAAUGAAAGUGCAAAAAGUAUUUCAACUUAAUUAAAAAAGACAAAACAAAAAUCCAAAGAAGAAAAUUAUGUUGUGUGGACUGCUAUAAUAAAAAAUCAUUUGUAGUUCACCGUAACCGUUCACGACUCGACUCGACUCAACUCACGUUCACCUACAUGAGAAUAAGUAGUAUCUGUGUCUCUCUAUUAUCUAUGUGUGUAAAAUAUAACAUUACUUUUUCGCUCUGUAGUGAAUAAUUUUAUACUCGACGACGACGGUUUUUCCAUUAAAAAUUACAAACAAAAACAAAGAGUCUUAUUUUUAUUUAGUUACUCUUCGUUAAAGAGAGGACAAGAGCAAGAGCUAUAACUCGCUCUCUUAAAUAAAGUAGGUAUCAUUUUCGUUCAUAUAAUACAAUUUUAAGUGGUGGCAAAGUGAACAAAGAAAAAACACCAAAAUUAAAUACAUAUACAGAUAAAGAAUUAAUUAAUAAACAACAAGUUAAAACAACAUACAAUAAAACAACAACUCAUAUAAGAGUCAAAAACAAGGGCAUACAAUGACCUUGCCAACAACAAUUCCAAUAAACGACACAGACGACGAUUCGGAUAUGUUCGGACCCCCCAGGUCAUCGCCACCUAUUGGCUUCCAUCACCAUCGAUCACGCGUCCCAAUGAUCUCCCCAAAACUUCGACAACGUGAAGAACGUAAACGCAUACUUCAAUUAUGCGCUCACAAGCUCGAAAGGAUAAAGGACUCGGAGACAAAUUUGCGUCGCAGUGUGUGUAUUAACAACACAUACUCGAGGCUGAACGAUGAACUCCGUCGGGAGAAACAGUCUCGUUACUUAGCUAAUUUACCAAAGUCUGAGCCCAGGCCAGAGUCAGCUCACAAAAAUGUCUUCAACGCAUGCAGCAACCAUUGCAAUAAUAUCGAAUGUAACGAAAACUCAGCACAUGAAUCCAAUAACAAUUCAACAGCCCUCGAUACAACCUCGAUUCCACAUGCAACACAGCCACAUAGCCUCACUGCAAUGACCAAUACAUCCGGAUGCAAUCAUCACAUUAAACAUAACAGCUCAAAUUGUUCAAAGAAAUCCACAAUAUGCUCAGAAAAGCGCGACCGCAAACGUUCGUUAUCUAGCAACAGUGUCGAUGCCGAUUUGGAAAAGCUCGAUCGUGAAUUAAGUGCUAUUAAUGCAUCAAUGCCUCUUAUUGAUCCGGAAAUAACCCAAGGUGCCGAACAGCUUGAAAAGGCAAUGUCAUCGCGCAAGCGUUUGCGCAGCGAAGACGAAAGUGACCGUUUGGUUCGUGAGGCUCUUUCACAGUUCUACAUACCACCGCAAAGACUAAUAUCGGCCCUUGACGAUUGUCCCUUAGAUAGUAAGAGAAUUAAAUUGGCCGGUGAUCUAGAUCUCGAUCUGGCACAUGAAAUGAAUCAAAGCCAAAAAGAAUUUGAAGUUAUUAUGGAUGCAUUAAGAUUCGGCACAUCAAGCCCGACUGGCAAUGACUCCUGUGGACAGGCAGCCAUGAUGAGCGAAUCGGGGUUAUUUCAUAAUUUAGUUGUGACAUCGUUGGAGACGUGAAAGUAUCAAUAAGAGAUACCAAUAAAAGCUCUUCAAUAAAAUAAAAGAUUCUCUAUUGUGUUGUUCCAAAAGUAAACAUACAUACAUACAUACAUUAUUUCAGUUUGUAUUCCUUAAUUUGUAUAGAACUCGAACAAAAAUAAACACACCCAAAAAUAAAAAUAAUUUUUACACGACGUGAUACUAGUCAUCACUAAUUUGUCAAUAUUGUUAUCGUGUAAAAUACUCAAAGUAUUCCAAAAUUCCAUUAGAACAAAUCUAAAAUGUAAAGGCCAAAUUUUCCUAAUUUUCCUAAUUUUUGUUUUUACUAUAUUACUACAUAUUUCAAAAACAGCUAUUUGUAGUACCUACAUAUGAAUAAUUAUUGCUUUCUUUUACAUAAUUUCCAAUGCCUAGUAAACAAACAUCAAAAAUAAAACAAAACUCUUCAUGUUUUUUCAACAAGUAUGUAAUUUGAUUAACCAAUAUUAGAUUAUUAGAAGUGCUGUGAUAUAAUUCAGUAAGAGACAACAAAAUAUCCAAAAAUACCGAAAUGGCUAAUAAACAAUGCUUGAAUAAUAAUUAAAAAAUACACACAACAAAUGUUUAUAUUACAUACAUACAUGUACGUACAUGUAGGUACAAAAUGUAAAUACCUUUCAGUAAAAGGUUUUUCAAAAUAUAUUUAAAAAAAAAUAUAUAUAAAAUAUGAAUUAAGUUUUUACAAAAAAAAAAUCAAAUACAAAAUUUAAAAAAAUGUAAAAACAUUUUUUAAGGAAAAUAAGAAAAAAUAAAAGUUGUUCUUUUUUUUUAUUAAUCAUCUUUUUGUUGCAUUUAAAAGCUUAAUAAUAAUAAAAGUGUUCUUCUUAAAAGAAGGUAUUUUUGUUGAGAAUAAUUAUUGCUAGUAGCAUUAUUUACUUGUAAGACGAUAAUUUUUAUAUUGGAAAAUUUACUUACUUAUUUAAAUUAAGAGAAAACAAGAAUUGACAUUUUGUUUUUCCUUUUUGUUUGUUUGGCUUCUUUAGAUUUAUGUAGUUAAUAUUUUUAUUUUUAUCAUUUAUUAUUUCAGCAAAGAUAAAAAAGUUAAA